AUGGAUGGCAAGGUGCAUGUGUGGGUGGGUGGAGUGGGCAGCCCCCGUGGCGAGGAGGGGGUGCUUAGGAGGCUGGUUGAUGAGGGUGUUGCAGCGCCUGGUGCCAAGGCAGUGCAAGCGCUGGACCGUGACGCUGCAUCCCAGGGCAGAGACCCACCCGCAUCUGCACCACUAUCUGGGCCUCCUCUGGGAGGUGGAAGCCGCACCCUUUGGGUUGGCCAGGUGGGUCCGGCGGUGAAUGAGGACAGGCUGAUAGCUGCCUUACGGGAUUACGGCAUGGUCACGGGAUGGAAAUUCCUGCGCCGCUCCAACUGCGCCUUCAUAGACUUUGACACGCCGGGCUCUGCAGCAGCUGCCUUGGAGGCCCUGCAGGGUGCCAACUUCAAUGGGUCUCAUGUUCGAAUUGAGUUCAAGGACGAGAGGGGCCAGUCAGGGUCUCACUCGGGGGGACGAGGCCACCCGCGUGGAGGCAGGUUCCCUCCAUCCCCUGGCCGGCCUGGCUGGCAGCCAAGCCACAGGAGCAGCGGCCCUCGGCAAAUUUCCAUGCCUGCGGAACCCCCGGCACUCACCUCAAGGCCCUCCAGCGUGGACGGUGGAACAUGGCCGCGAUGGAAGGGCAUGCUGGCCAAGAGCGGCAGCCCCGUCUGCGAGAUGAUCUGCACCGCAGAAACCAGCAGCUCUGUGCGUGAGCUGCAGAGCUGGCCGGGCACCCUGGAUGUGACAGUGCGCGCCGACCUGAGCUACGUGCUGAGCAACGUCUCUGCCAUGAGCGCCGUCCUGUGCCUGGCUCCAGCCCCCCAGCCCGAUGCUGAUCGGCGCACGCGGCAGCGCGGCAUGUUCAUCGAUUUCAUCAACAACCUGUCCAGUCGCUCGCGGGCCGGGGUGGUGCAGGGCCUGACAGCUGUCGACCCUGUGGCUGGCCCCCGAAUGCUUUACCUGGUGCCGCCAUCUGUGUCAGUGGCAGAGCGCCUGAAGGUGGUCUGGGACCACAAGGAAUGCGUCUUUGCUGUGGUCAUGCCUGCUUCGUUCAGUUGAUACUACCGCUAAAUUCUGCAAAUGCGCUUGGCCAUCCAAAAGUAUUACAACCAACUCGGAUCUGUACACCAACUUGCUUCUGUUGCUUGGACUCGCGGUGUGGGCAUAGUCAAAACCAGUGAGCGUUGUGAUCAACGGAUCUAAUCUUUCCUCAAGGGAUAUUCUUUCAGUAAGGUCCACGAGCAGAGUGUAUUGUCUUCUGUUGGCGUUCUCCACAAUGUAAUGCUGUCAAUGGGCAUUGCUUGAGACAAAACCUCCUCCUCCUUCCCGAGUCGUUCCAUUUCAGCAUCAACAAUGGAUUCCCUCGUGUCUUGAUCCAUAUCGGAGUAGAGGAGUGAGAUAUGAGGCAUGUAGUCACUGAGAUCAUCAUUGUGAUUGAACGCUUUCCUUAUGGAAGCAGCAGCUUCCAUCAGGGGCUUGUCUCGCUGACACAAGAUAUACACGCAUUGAUGAAAUAGCUUGCCGGCAGCAGGUUUGGUCAAUUCCACAGAAAAAGCCUUGAUUUGAUUUGCCACACCCUCACUUCUUUUCAAGACGAACUCCUCGGAAACGUUGGAAAUUCCUCCGAGCAACGUGAUGUGUGGUGUGAAUUUCGGUGCAUUGUGUGCUGAGGCUAGCUGAUUAAUUUCCUGCUGCAACUUAUGUCGUACAGAACCUUUCGGCUCUGCCCAAAGAGAGUAGCUCAUGCUUGACAAAGACGAAAGGAGUUGAGACACUUCCAACUGAAUGACAG